AUGCGUCAGUGGCUGAAACGCCGCAAGUCGGCUACCCCAGCCCCAUCCGCAUCCGGCGAUCCCACAACACCGGCACCACCCACCACCUCUUCGCCCGCCCGAAUGUCCACAUCGUCCCACUCGACAAUUGGACCUCUCCCUUCCCGGCGCACACGCAACUCAACAGCGCCCAAACCCGGCGCCCCUCGCCCCUUCGAGCGCGACAGCGUCGGCCUGCCCCUCGCGCUCGACAUCCGGCUCGCCUCGGGCCCCGGCGCCAAAGAAGCCUCAGCCGACAGCACCCAAUCCUUCCCGUCAUCCAUCUACCCCGACCCCGAAAGCGCCUUCCUAAUAUCGCCCGCCGCGAAAGAGCUCGAUAGUGCUAAAGUGGGCUACGGGUUCGAGCGGGGCGCGCCGAAUUUACUGGGGGCAGGUGCGGGGUUUGGCGGGGAGAUGGACGAGUACGACGAGGACAUGCCGAUGCCGGAGCUGUACAUGGACGAGAAAGAGCGCAUGCCGGCGCCGCGCGCGUCGCUCGACUCGUCGAUCUUGUCGCCCGGCCAGCUGUCGAAAUUGAGGAUCGCGACGCCGAAGAUGGCGCAGAGGGCUAGUCCCGUUACGGUGGACCCGCACGGCCGUCCGUUGCCUUUACCACUACCCGUCCAAAGUCAGACCGCGCUCCCGAUCCUGGAACCCGGCGUGGCGAGGGAGACGGUGUGCGAGGUGCACGCCAGCACGGACGACUGCACGGACGACUGCCGCGCCGCCCAAUCCCAAUCUCAUGCUCAAGCCUCUCGUCCGUUGCGCCCGCUUCCCGCCCAGCCGCAGCCCGCUCAGCAUCAGGUACCUGCGGCACAUCAGCCUGCGCCGCCGCAGUGGGAAGGCGACUACGAGUACGCCAUCUCGCCCGAUACACCCUCGCCCGCACCCGGCACGGGCAAGAAACGCGGCUUCCUGCCUCUCGCGCCUAGCCCGCCUCACUCGCGCUCUCCCUCUCCAUCCCUAAACGACGACCUGGUCGAGGUGAAAGUCCCGGACCUAUGGAGCCCGCGCGCGGAACGGGAUGAUGGGUUCGAUAGAGAAGAGCGGAUGCGCGCGCUGAGGAAGGAGCAGGACGAGGAACGCGCUCAAGAAGAAAAGAUCGCGAAUUUCGGAAAGCGUAAUAAGGGCUCUACCACAACUCCCGGACACAGGGCGACGGCGAGUCUGGAACAUGUCCUCAUCCCCACAUCCACGCUCGACCUCUCCUGGUCCUCCCGUACCCCUCCUUCACCCUCACCAGCUGCAACGCCCGCCCCCACACCGAUCGACCAGCUCCCGAUCCAGUCGCGCGUGUUCGCGACGGAGAAACGACCACCGAUUGUUAUCAAGAAACGCCCCAAACCGCUCGACGUGCCUUCGUACGAGAAUAAGAAGGUGCCGACGCCGCUCGCGACGAGUAUCCCGCCUCCACCGAGCGAAGCACCGCCCGCGCCGCCGAAGAGUGCGGAGCAGAGUCCGCUUGUACUCAGCGCCGUUGCGGGGCCGAGCGGGGGCAUCGUUGGGACUCUGCCGGUGCUGGUCAAGACGAAGAGGAGUGUGGGGAAUGCGGCGGUCAGUAGGGCGCGGAUGGACGAGGCGUUCGAGGAUGUUGCGCGGAAGGAGGGUAAGAGGGGAAAGGGGAAUGCGGCUGUUAGUGCUGCUGCGAUGGAUGCGGCGUUCGUGGCGCUCGCUGCGGCGACGGAGGAGGAUGUGCCGAGGAAGACGGAGAGGAGUGCGGCGCUGAGUGCCGCGGGCAUGGCUGCUGCGUUCGAAGGCGCCGCACAACGACUCAGAGACGAGAGUGCUGUUGCUUCGAGCUCGAUGGCUCGCUCGAUAUCUCCGGCGCUGUCUGCCGCUGAUAUGGCCACCGCUUUCGAAACAGCCGGCACCCGGACCGAGAACCCGAAGAAGCGCUCAGCCUCGCCUGCGCUAUCUGCAGCUGCGAUGAAUGUCGCUUUCGAGCGCGUCGAGGGACCAGUUGCCUCGAGCUCAAAGUCGCGCUCGGUAUCCCCAGCUCUGUCGGCGGCGAGUGAAGCUGCUGCGUUCGAGGCAGUCUCUCAAGCGCCCGGCACGCGGGCCGAGAGUCCGAAGAAGCGCUCGACCUCGUCCGCGGUGUCUGCAGCUGGAAUGGCUGCAGCUUUCGAAGCUACCGCUCAACCUGUCGCCUCGAGUUCAAAGUUGCGAACUAUAUCUCCGGCAUUGUCGGCUGCGAGUGAAGCUGCUGCUUUCGAAACCACCGCACAACGUUCCAAGUCCAAGUCGCGUUCGGUCUCGCCCGCUGUCUCUACGGCUGCGAUGGGCGACGCCUUCGAAGCCGCCGCUCGACCCGUUGCUUCGGGCUCCAACCCGCGCUCGGUAUCUCCAGCGUCGUCUGCAGCUGCGAUGGCUACCGCUUUUGGCGCUGCCGGAACCCGGGCCGAGAGCCCGAAGAAGCGCUUAGCUUCGCCCGCAGUGUCUGCGGCUGGAAUGGCUGCAGCAUUCGAAGCUACCGCUCAACGCACCGAGAACGCUGUUGCCUCGAGCUCCAAGUCUCGCUCGGUAUCUCCAGCGUUGUCGGCGGCGAGUGAAGCCGCUGCCUUUGAGGCGACUUCUCAACGGAAGACGCGUCCGAUCUCGCCUGCGUUAUCUGCAGCCGCGAUGAACGACGCUUUCGAGCAAGCUGCUCAUCCAGUUGCUUCCUCUUCAACCUCGCGUUCUCACUCUCCCGCAAUUUCUGCCGCAGGGAUGGCAGCCGCUUUCGAGGCCGCCGCUCUCCGCGCUCAGGACACGAGCAGAGGCGAAGCGCCCAAGAAGCGCUCUGCAUCUCCCGCUACAUCAGCCGCCGGCAUGGCAGCCGCUUUCGAGGCAGCCGCACAGCGCGCAGAUGUUCCCGUUGCCGCAUCACCGAGGUCGCGUUCUAUCUCACCCGCCAUAUCUGCAGCGGGCAAGAUUGCAGCAUUCGAGGCCAUCGCUCAGCGCGCCGAGAAUCCUGUCGCUUCAACGUCAAGAUCGCGCUCCGUCUCGCCUGCUCUUUCUGCUGCAAAGGAGGUCGCCGCGUUUGAUGCCAUCGCUGAACAUGCUAGAAGCUCCACUCCCUCGAUGUCCAGGUCGCGCUCUGUUUCGCCUGCUCUCUCUGCUGCGAACGAGGUCGCCGCAUUCGACGCUGUUACCGAACGCGCCGAGAGUCUAAUCGCAUCAACCUCAAGAUCACGCUCUGUCUCACCGGCUGUGUCAGCCGCCAGCAUGUCCGCCGCAUUCGAAGCCGCUGCUGUGCGCACCGACGACCCCGUGACGGACAGCCCCAAGAAGCGCUCAAAGUCAGCCGCUGUGUCAGCCGCAGCUAUGGCGACCGCAUUUGAGACCGCUGCUCUCCGUGGUGAGAGUGCAACACAUACACCCUCGACAUCGCGUUCUGGUUCACCUGCGGCUUCUGCGGCGGGAAUGAUAGCGGCUUUUGAUAUGGCUGCUCAGCGCGCGGAGAGUUCCAACAAGCCAUCUGGAUCUGCUGCGCUGUCGGCUGCUGAGAUGGUCGCUGCGUUUGAGGCGGCUUCUCGGCGCGCGGAGAGUCCGAAGAAGAGUUCAGGAUCGGCGGCAUUGAGCGCGGCGGGGAUGGCUGCUGCUUUUGAGGCGGUUGCUGCAGGACCCAUGAGCAAGAAAACAUCUGACUCUGCCGCCGCGAGUGCCGCGACCAUGGCAGCCGCCUUCGAAGCUCUUGCUCAACGUCCGACAACCCCCACCAAGCGCUCAGGCUCUCCAGCCGCGUCGGCUGCCAGCAUGGCCACAGCGUUUGAGGCGGCGGCUGACCGCGUUGAGGGUGCAUCGCCGAAGUCGCGGUCGGGAUCGCCAGCUGCAUCAGCUGCGGCUAUGGCUGCUGCAUUCGAGAUGACCGCUCAAACCGCAUCGAGUCCGAAGAAGACUUCAGGCUCGGCGGCCGCGUCUGCUGCAGGAAUAGCGGCUGCUUUCGAGGCUUCUGCUCAACGCGCAGGGAACGUCGAAGCCUCCGCAUCGAGUUCGAAGUCGCGCUCUGGCUCGCCGGCGGCAUCUGCAGCCGCUAUGGCAUCCGCAUUCGAAGUUGCCGCUCAGCGCGCCGAGUCUCCGAAUAAGCACUUGGGAUCACCCGCAGCGUCUGCCGCUGGUAUGGCGGCUGCAUUCGAGAUGGUUGCCGAAAGCUCGGAGGGCACGAGGAAGAUCUCGGGUUCUGCUGCAGCUAGUGCGGCCGGAAUGGCCGCUGCUUUUGAGAUGGCUGCUCAACGAGCUGGCGAAGUGGAGGAGACGAAGACAUCUGGCUCUGCGGCCGCGAGUGCUGCAGGAAUGGCGGCUGCGUUCGAGCGUGCGGCGAAUUCGUCUAUGCCAAAGGUCGUGGAACCUGUCCCUAUGAAGCCGACCUUCUCGGCGGCGGCGAGUGCAGCUGGUAUGACGGCCGCAUUCGAGGCCGCCGCUGCCGCGCAUACAGAUGAUAUGUCCUCGUUAGCAACUCAGAUGCCAGGUGGUCUCAACGCUUCGAGGCGGCCCAUGUCCACCGUGAGCGCGACAACAUUCGCUACGUCGGUCGCAUCUUCUGCGCGAUCGAGCAUGACCGAGUCCGAGACGGAGAGCAUGACGAGCUCGGGCACUGCGCGGCCUCAGCAGCCUGGUAGCGCUGGUCUACCGCUCGACGUAGCCGAAGACAUGGGAGUGCGCACCGGUUCAAGCAGCACUACACCCGUGCGCGAAGUGCCAACCAACACUGUCAUCGACGAGAAUGACGUACCUCUCUCGCAGCUCCGCAACGAUGGACGUCGCGAGACCAGCAUGUCACCUCCGCGCCGUACUUCGUCUCUCCAAGGUCGCGUGGGGCUUCCCGCCAACCCGCGUCCGCAGAGCACAGCAUCGAUACCUCGUCCAGAGAGCUCUGCAUCUCUGCCCCGUCCUCUUCCCCCACCACCUGGUCAUAUGCGCACGUCUUCGACGCAGUCGAUCCGCGAUGCGACAAUGAGUUCUCAACUCAUGCGCUCGUCUUCGCGUCCGGGUUCUGCCGAUAGGGCACGCGCGUCAUUGUCCCAGCAGAGCUCGCGCUCGUCUCUUCAUCCAGGUAGUCGCGCCAGUGCAUUAAGGAGCGGACGCUCGAGUCCCUCUCAGAUGCCGCCGAGGAUGAGCCCGCCGCAGGGACCGUUGCCGUCGUUACCUCCGACAGGGGCAGAGGGUGUGCCCGCGGUACAGGGUACGAUACCACCUACAUAUGCCUUCCACGACAACAGCAACACCGUCUUCGAGGCGCCUCUUGCCAUGCCCCAGGCCCUUCCUGCACGCGCACCUAUGGCUGAACGCGAACCAGAGGCGUCCAGCACGGACUCGCCACACUCGCAGAUAUCUGUACUCACAGAGUUUGAGAACACCCUUGCUAUUCUCGACUCGGAAGGCGAACGCGAGCCUCUUCCGGCGUAUAUGUUGCGUGCUGGCACAGGCGAGGCAACUCUCGCUCGUGGACCUCGCCGAGCCUACCGUGCCGCCAUCCCGCAGGUCGGCGGUAUCAUCGACAUCAACCUGUCACAUUUACCCGCCGAUGUUCGCGCCGCACUCUCAGGCAGCGAGCCGAGCAUCACGAGCGGUGCCGCACCCCAACCACAGUCAGACUCGCCCGACUCCGAUGCGAACGCUCCCAAUUGGCCUCCGCGCGGUCUCCGACUCGAGCCCUUGGACUCAGGCGACGUGAUACCACCGACCUACAUGCGCGUGGAAGGCGCGGGCGAACGCAGGCGCGCCAGAGAUCGCAUCAAGGCGCUCUUCUCGCGUAAACGGGCAAUCAGUAUGUCCGAGGCGCCCGUCGCUGUGCCGCUUGAUCGCGCUUCAAGCGUCAUGACGAGUGAGACGAGCAUGUCGAACUCGAACGGCGGCGGCAGCCUUCUGCGGCGGAUACAGAGUCGGCGGAACGAUAGCAGCGUCACCGUCAACCGUAUGCCCGAGGCUAACGCUAGUACGUCAUCUCUGUCGAGGGCGCAAACGACCGACGGCGCUAUGCCUGCAGUGGAGGGCUUCGAAGGGUUGCCGAGUAUGGAGCCCGCCGAAGGCCGUCCUCUACUUCGUGAUGGACAGAUCCUGGUAUAUCCUGAGGGCGAAGUGUGCCCGCACUGCGGUAACACCGGAUACCUCCCUCACAACCACUCGCACGACGGGUCUCGCCUCGCCUGUCCCGCAUGCUGGCCCAAGUUCGCUCGUCCUUUCGGCGCGAAGCUUGCGCGCUUCUUCCGCAAAGGGUCACUUAAGGGUCCAGAUGGCGAGCGCGUACGUCGCCGCUUGCAGCGCCCGCUCAGCGCGCCGGCUGGCGUCGAUCAUGCACCUGCUGUUGCAUCCACUUCGGGAAGCUGUGGUGACGUAACGCAACAUCUAAGGUUGACGCCCAUUCGUAGUUCAAUGGCUCGCUCAACCCUUUGCCUCUUACUCCCAUUCGUCGCCGAUCUAUUCAUCAACUAUUCAUUGUCACAAAUGUCGGAUGGUCGUCCUAUCGCUACUCAUUCGCUCUCCUUCCUAGGCCGCGAGGCUGUCAAGGAGGCUAGCCUUACAUUGCUACCACUACUUAUGGAACGAUCCGCCUACGCUGGCCCGAUAUCGACGGACGAAGCACUUGAGCAGCUUACUGCUCGUUUCCAAGGUUUCGCGCGCCUGGUAGGGGCAGUCUAUACUCAGAGCCCACGCCCUCGGGCAACUGUGAACAUAGAGAAACUGAAGGCAGCCAUGCCAUAUAUUGCUGGUAGCUCCAUUGUCUGCGCAUGGCUCGAGAUUGCUAUAUCCGCCGCCGCAGUCACCCAUCCCGGUGACGAAGCGCAUGCGCACUCCCUUUGGGACCAUGCGCAUAGAGAUCAUGGCGUGUUUUUGCAAAUCCUCAAGGAGAUGUGUACAGAAGAACAUCAGCUGUCUCAGGAAUACGCCGCCGGAGAAGGGCCAAUCCAUUCCAUUUCCUCCGAUGUUCUACGAUCCAUCUUCCUGUUCUGUGCCGCUGGAGCACCGUCUCCGCGCUCUGUGCCAAGACAGGCCAGGCAACUGCCACCUACUCCUAUGGUUCUGCGCUCUGUUUGCCAGAAGUGGCACGAGAUCGUGGAUUCCACCCCUGCCCUUUGGUCGGAUAUCGUGAUUAGCCUUGGUCCUGCAUACAUCAAGCUUGCAGUCGACAAAGGUGCACCGGACGGGACCAUCAAUAUUCUAUUGAAGGCGGAUAACGAUCAGAUCGCGCGUCUGGUAUUCCCAGAAGCCCAUCAUCGCGUAAAGAGUCUGCACUUCAACCUGCAGAACGAUACGCCCCCUUUGGCACUUCAGCGUCACUUCGACGAUCAUACUUUCCCCUCUCUAACCAGGCUCGCAGUUCACUACGCAGAUGGUGAUGUCCUCGAUCUCAGCUCAUUCUUUCUCCGAGGCAGUGCGCCUGAGAAACUGGACAGCCUAUAUCUGAGCUAUAUCAACAUUCAUCCUUCAUCACCGGCGUUCUCGCGUUCUUUGGUCCAGCUGACAUUGAUUAACUGCUCGCCGUUCCUGGUUCCGUUAGGACCAGGUUUCAGAACCAGUAAUUGUCAGCUUCGAGCGUGA